ACUGGGAAAAACUCGUUUUUCAGCGUCACUUAUAGACCGGAAGUUGACGAAUCAACGUUCCGAACGUUAAUACUGCCUUCGAUUGUCUGUAACUUUUAUUGUUAUGAAUUUUUACGUCCACCUGUUUUUUUCUAUCGUUCUAAUAGAUUUCAGUAUUCCUUUUUUAUUCUGUUAAUGAAAAAAUACACUAGAUGUUAUUAGUAAAAGCAUAAAAAAAAUUUUUAAUAAUAUUUUUUGUCAAUUUUUCUCAAACGUUAAAUAAAUCUUUGUGAUAUCCUGACCUACUACUGAUUCGGAAAUCGAUGUCGGGAAUUGAAAAGACCUAAAUACGAUGCAAUAUCGCGUUAAGUCACAGAAUAACUCUCGAAUUUUUAGUACACAGAAAAAAAGCAGUUAUCGAUGAACGGAGCAACGUCCUAAAUAGUAUGGCGCAUGGUUCUUAUUUUCUUAACAGUCUAUUUCUAUAUACAUUCUUCGGCACGCCCAGAUUUCUUUCCGCAUCCCAGAACUGUUCAAACAGAUGAAUUGCGUUCUCGCCUUUUUUCGAGUGAAACUCUGAAAUAUUUAACAUCGUUAAACAACUCUGAAUGUCAUAAGAGUAUCGGCUUGGACAAGCGAAGAAUCAGUCACCUUUUUUCUGCUGAUGGCGUCGGCGGUUCGUCUCUCACGACAAGUUGAAUUACUUAUUACGUGCUUUCGAUAAGAUUCAUUUAGAAUGUUCGAAAAUCGAGGAAAAUUUAGAUUUCAUAACAGUGCAAAAUGGUGUAUUGUUAUUUUUUUGAAAUGCAUAGCAUAUUUACAAUGCGGAGAAACAAAAAAUUCAUCGAUUGUUGAAAAUUCUGAAGGUUGCGGGGGUGAAUUCUCCGGAUAUCAAUACACCAUCAGCAGUCCCAAUUAUCCUAAAUCAUAUGCAGAACAACAAAACUGUAUUUUUAUUCUGCGUGGAAGCCAUUUAGCCACGUGCGAUCAAGUAUUCAAUUUAAAAUUUCUGGAUUUUUCGUUGCCACCGUCAGAAAAUUGCGCAGAUGAUUACGUUGAAAUCGGUGAUCGCAGUUUAUUUUGCGGAAGAGUUAUCGGUAUUCGUGAAUAUCCUAGCAAAAAUAACAAGCUGAUUCUACGGUUUCGUAGUGGCACUCGUAGUAGACUCGGAGAUAAACGAUUCAAAAUUUUAAUCACAACGGUACCGUGUUUCUUGCAGCAAAUGAAUGGAAAAAAUACAGCAAAUAUGGUGGAACAAGAUGGGACCACGUUGGGGAACCAAACGGCUGACAAAUAUUUCACUCACGAAAAUACUGGGUCGCAUAUUAAUUUACCGAUCGAGAGGAACAGACAAUUCGUAAGGAAUGAAGUGCCAUCUCCACCAAAAGUAAAAGGUUUAGAUGAAAAAGAAGAAAACGAUUUAUUGACUGUCACUCAGCAUAUAGAGGUUAACGAAGCACCGAGUAACUAUCUACAAGUUCCAGUUGGUGGAAUUAAAUUAUUUAGAGAUCCGACACUUACAAAAACGGAGACCGUGAUACCGAAUACAGUCCAGUCAAACGAACAGAAACCUUCAAAAAUUUCGGCUUACUUAUUUGUAGAACCGAAUCCUGAGAAUUAUUUCAAGGAUCGGACUCAGUCAAGUAUUUCCUCGGUUACCUUUUCGACAGACUCUCCAAAGGCAUCGCUCCUCAGCAUACCACAGACCGAAAUUCAUCCGCCAAACCGAGAGAAUGUACAAUUUCGAGAUACCAGGUUUUCAAAUUCUACGAGAAAGUUACUUCUCCGUCAAGAACACCAAGGAAAUAAUGAGAAGUUUUUGAUUUCAACGAAAACUUAUGAUAUACCAGAUGUACCAUCCUAUCCUUCAUUUCAAAAUUCAGUACCAGGUAUCAAAACUGGUGAAGUUCUAGACAAUCCAAGUAGUUUCAUUAACUAUCCGACAAAUACUAAUCUGAAGUCAGAACUCGAAGUAACUAAGACGCUUCACGGGAAAAACCGCGAACCAAUCAAUAAUCUACAAAGUAACCAAGGAUUCAGCAGGCUGUUCUACCCGACCAUGUCUUACCAGUUUCCAUCUUCACAUCAUGCUUCAUAUGUAUCUCCGUAUGUGCUAAACGGUAAUCAUGCUACGACUGCAGGUAUAACAUAUGGGCUACCGACGGCUUCUUAUACAACCAAUGUACCCGGGGUGAGUGAAUUCGAAAACUGCAAGAAUUCACUGCCUAGAUUCGAUGUUCUACCAUCGAAUAGUUUCAAAGGGUAUCAAAAUUUUAUCCCCAAUGUCGACGAUUCAGUCAACUAUUACCCAGUUAUUCCUAAUUCAAGGAACAUCGGAAACCUACCGUUAUGUUGCAAUACUUACUAUUUGCAGCAAAGGUUCCUGCUCGCAAGUCCUGAUUUUCCAUCAUCCUCAUAUUCUGAAAAUACGUUUGAGUGUGCUUUUUCGAUAAUACCAUACUCAACUAAUACUUGCUAUAUGCGCUUCAAUUUAAAGUUUUUUAAUCAUGGAGUCGAUGAUUCUUCCUGUUCAAACGGUCAUAUAGAGAUUGAUGGACGUCGCAUUUGUGGUUGUAAAAAGGGCCUGAGUAUUCAAUCGAUAGUCACGACGGCAUUUCCUAAACUUGUUGGUGUUAGAUACACGGGCUAUCCACGAACCAAGUUCAACGGGUUUUUAAUAGAAGUAAUUCAAGAACCUUGUGCCAACAGCUACGGUUACCAAUCGAGGAGCAAGAAAGAUACCGGAAACUUAUCCAUCGAAAAUGACAGAUCUACGAAAAUAAAUAUUGGAAUUGGAAAUACCACGGUCAAGAGAACGAAGAGGAAUUUGGGUUACAGUUACCCAAAACCAAGCUUUGGCUUUGUUGAAGGAUCCGUAUUAGGACAGCCUUACAUUUUUGGGAAUUCACCAAAUUUUCACUCAUGGGCCCACGAAGACUUUGUCAGUAAUGUCUUAUCGCCUUUAUUUUCAUGUCAGGUCUUCAGUUUUCUCGAUUGGAUUAUCGCUGCGAAGGAGACAUAUUUCAAGAAUAGCAGGUGCGUCAAAACCAACACUGCAUCAGGGAAUAAUUUUCCACACACGUAUGUUGUGGAUAAUUCCGGUUUCGGCGAGACGGCCUAUCCAUGUAAGAACUGCGAGGAUAUUAAUGUUAUAGAAGGAAUCAUCUCUUCGCCACAAUAUCCGACUAACUACCCCAAUAAUGUGGAUAAAUGCUUCAGAUUCUACAAAGCUCCUGGUUUUUGUCAACUGGAGUUAGUUGUUCUCGAUUUUUACCUGGAAAAGAGUAUCGGAUGUACAAAGGAUUAUAUGAUAUUCACCGGGAACAACAGCCGUUAUUGUGGCAAUUCGCUAGCAGGCAGGAAAAUAAUGUUCGACAUUUCCCGAGGUGGAAUUAUCAAUGUGUGUUUUGUGACUGACACCUUUGGAACUGAACGUGGUUUUAGUGCAGGUUUUUCGCAGAUUCCUUGUCGAGGAUUGGUUAAUCGUUAAUCAAAAGGUUG